AUGGAGACGGACGCAAGCAAUCAAGGGAGGCAUGGCAAGGUUCAACAAAUGUGUGCACAAAUAGACAAGUACAUCCUGCAAAUCGAAGAACAACUUGGUGAUGCAGUGAGAAAUUCGGUGUGCCAGUACCGUCUGCCCUCCCUUGAUGUCAUCGAAAUCGGUAGUGGGGCCAUUUGCGCAGCCGUUCAGAGAUGUGGCGGGAGAGCUUUAACACUUUCUCCGGCAAAGCUUGGGAGCGCUCGGGGUAUGUAUGAUCGCCUCUGGAAGCUGAUCUCAAUGUAUGAGCCGACACAUCUCUGGUUGGAUUUGCAGCAGCCGUGGAACCACAAAACAGACAAGGGCAAAAAGACACCAUGGCCAGGACAGUUUCUUCUUGACCUUUAUCGCUACCAAACAGAACGAGGCAAGCACAUACAUUUCCUGUGUGGCCAGGGUUUCUUUGAGCAAAUGGCGCCUCAACUCCAAGAGGUUCAACAGGGCACUUUGCGAAUGAUUCAUGAGCUGGAAGUGGGAGACACCCCGCCAGGAAACAACCAUCUCCGCAAAGCCACCACACUGUACACCACGUCCAGACGACUGCAGCAAAGUGUCGACACUCGCUUUCAGACAGCGGGUCCAGAUCCCAGUGGGCGAAGCAACCGCAUGUUCCCACGAGAGAGGCGUCUUGCCAAACGGGUAGCCAUGCACCUAGGCACCAACCGGAUACAGCCACCUUGUGUGGAGGGAAUGCCGCGGGACAUGCCUUUACGUCAGACGGUUGUGGUAAAAAGGGUUGGUGGUGAAAUAGCUAUGGAUGGUGAGAUAGAGGAUUGGCACGGGCCGGGGUACUUCGCUUUAGGGGAGUCCGAGAAGAGGGAGUUAGUUAGGCUCCAUAACAAUUUGGGUCAUCCAUGCACUGAGACGUUUGUCAGAUUCCUGCAAGAACGAAAAGCCGAGCCUGCGCUCAUCCAGGGUGCUCGCGACUACUCUUGCAGUACGUGCUUGGAAACGGUUCCCACCCAAAAGUUAGCUAGGCCGGCGACAAUUCACACGCAUCGAGAUUUUAACGACACAAUCGGUAUGGAUGUUGCGUACUGGACCAAUAGCGGGGGGAAGAAGUUUCUGUUUACGCACAUUGUCGAUGAGGGCACACUGUUUCAACAAGCCAGUGGAGUAGGUAGGACGCCAGAAGAACAAUGGGAGUUCCUAUCGGAUCAUUGGUUUCAGUGGGCAGGGCCUUGUCAAACUUUGUAUGUAGAUCCAGCAGGGGAGUACAACAGUGAUUACUGGCGUCUAAAGCUGCAAACUGUAGGUGUGUGCACCAAUGUUUCUGCGGGAGAGGCUCAUUGGCAACUCGGUAGGACGGAAGCUCAUGGUAGGAUACUGAAGAGCAUGCUUUCUAAAAUGGACCAUGAAGAGCCCAUCCUGAACGACGAAGAUUUCCGUCGGUGUCUGAGAGCGGCAGUGCAGGCUAAGAACAGCUUGAGUAGGGUCCGGGGCUUCACACCUGAACAGGCAGUCCUGGGUAAACUUUCGCGGCUGCCAGCCUCUCUGAUUUCCGACAAUAGUGCCACGUGCCAUGCUUUAGCCGACAGUGAUCUGCCAGAAGGAGUCUCCUUCAGGAGGGACCUGCAGCGCCGUGAACAGGCCAGAGUCGCAUUCAUACAUGCAGACAACGACAACUCGUACCGUAGGGCUCUACUUCGUCGUUCGAGGCAUCCCUGUGAAAGAUAUGAGCCGGGCGAUUGGGUUCUGUACUGGCGCCGACAUAAAGCCGGGAGUCGUGCGGAGCAAGGAAGGUGGUAUGGGCCGGGUCAGGUAAUUUGUGGGGAUAGCAAGGUAGUGUGGGUGAGCCACUGUGGGCAAUUGAUCCGUGCAGCUCCUGAGCAGCUGCGAUCCGCGUCCUUGAGAGAAUGGCAAGGGGUGCUGGGAAAGACCAGUGCUGAGAGUUCACAAGGGGCAGUAGGUCAAGGGGUUAGAAGGGUGGUCGACCUUGCUGUUCUCGGAGGAACACCUAGCCGAGCAGAAGUGGAGAGCCAGGGAGAGGUUCCGCAGGAUGUUCCCGAACCAUUAGGACCCAUAGCCCCAGAAGGAGUAGCUGGGAUAGAAGCCGGGGGUACGGUUCCUGAAGUUCCUGAAGAAAAUGCGGAGGGAGAACAGCCAGAGAUGGAAGUCUCACCUGUGCCGUCGGUAGGUCUCGAGACAGAUAUGGUAGAUGCUUCGAACAUUCCUGUGCCUGAAGAUGACGAAGACGACCUCUUGUUUGGAGACAGUGAGUGUUUUUUCGCACAUCCCACACAGUCACAGGCAUGGGAAAUCAGUUUGCAUGAAACGGAGGUGCCUUUCGAAAACCUCCCGACGCCGCAGCAAGCUUUGCAUUUUGUAAUGUUAGCCACCGAGGCACGCAAGAAACGAGUUGAAGUAAGAUUGAGGGACUUGAACGAGGGUGAGAGGCAACAGUUCGUAGAAGCUAAGGGCAAGGAGAUUCGAGCCUGGCUUGACCACAGGCUAGUGGUGCUUGGGUUUGAAGACCCAGACAUUGCUGAUAUCCCUAAUGCGCAGGAACAAUGCCAGCUCGAAGGCGGCGCUUACGGCAGAAUCGAUGCUCCGUUUUUGUGGUUUCAGACAUUUAAGAAGACACUUGAAGAGCUUGGUUUUGUGCAAAGCCCUUUCGAUGCCUGUGCUUUCAGCCUCGUUUCACAAAGGGCCGAUGGUAGUGCUCAGGUUCAUGGUGUUCUGGGAAUACACGUAGAUGACGGGAUUGGGGGAGGUGAUGAGUAUUUUCGGAGGGUCAUAGAUCGGUUGCGGGGUAUCUACAGCUUUGGGUCGUAUGAUGAGGGCGAGUUCACGUUCACCGGGAUUCGUUUUCGCCAAUGGGACGAUGGGAGCAUUGAAAUGGACCAAGAGAGGUACAUAGAGAAGAUCGUGCCCAUACAUGUGUCCCGAGAGCGUAGAGUGAAUCCCACCGCGAUGUUGAACCCUGAAGAACUUAAAGAGCUGAGACGCCUCAACGGUAGCCUCCAGUAUGCUGCAGUGCAUUCUCGACCCGACCUAGCUGCAAAGGUAGGCUACUUACAGACAAGAGUCAACAAGGGCCAGGUUCAGCAUCUUCUGGAAGCUAACCGUGUCCUUCAAGAGGCCAAAGCUCACCCAAUCUCUUUGAUGGUUGUGCCAAUUCAAGAACAGCAUGUUACGUUUUGCACUUUUUCGGAUGCUUCCUUCGCCACGUCGAAAGACCAUAACUCGUAUCAGGGUACGCUGGUGGUGGCAACAGACUGGCGAAUGCUAGCCAACCGCGAAGCUGUGAUCAUUCCUGUGGCCUGGUUGUUCUGGGAAUGGUUCAAGAAUCCUGCUGUUGAUAUCGCACAUCCGGAAGAAGUCCUUUCCCACGUUCCCAUGUUCACUUGUGCUGUCCAACAUGUCUUCAUCCUCGCCGGCCCUUCCGACAGCUCCGAGGAUCCCAAGGUUUGCAAAGCCCUGGGGGUGGAUGCGCAGCAAGCCGGUGCCCAACGGAUCGCUCCUUCUGUGGCAACACCUGCUUAA